AAAAGUAUUUGAUAUUGUCAUCCCAACAAGAGAUUGGACUUCGAGUGUCGUCGGUUUUUACUCCCACUCUAGAUGUUUUAUGUGCUAAAUGUUCUCCAACUUUUCUGUACGCACGCGCAGUUCAUAAAUGUUCGGUAGUGGAGGCAAUUUCCGAGGUCUAUUCUCUUACUAGGACCACAAUACCGAUGAUUGUUUGAUUGAGAUAAUCUUUAAAAAUUAAAUAAACUGAUAAAAUAUUCGAAAUUCAAAUAUAUUAGAUUUGAGAUAAUAGUUGAGAAUAUAUAUAAGUGGGCGCGUUAAUUUUUAGAAACAAGUUAUUUUUCAAUUUUUUUGAUUCUAUAAUUAUUUACUUUUGUUUUAUUUAUUAAUUUACAACACCAAUAAUGAAAGUCAUAAUUUUUGGUAUUGUGCUAAUUACUAUUAACCAAACAUUUAGUUUUUCAAUUGAAAAUAAAAAUUACACGUUGCUACGACGAAAUUACAACAAGGAUCUUAAGCAAUUUUUGGAAUAUGAUUUAAGAAGUAUAAUGAGAAAUGGUGUUCCAGUACUUGAUCCUUAUUAUCAUAAACAACAAUUAUUUGAAUAUGAUGAUAAUAAAUUAAACUUCGAAGGUGCAUUUUAUGAGUUUAAUAUUGAAAAUUUGUCAAAGUACGAUGUUGAAUAUUCAAAUGUCAAUUUAUGGAAAAGAAAAGUCGAUGUUAAUUUAUAUUUUCCUGUAAUAACUUCUGAAGGAUUUUAUGAUUUAAAACUUAUUUAUCAGAAUGAUUUGUAUAGUGGAAAAGGACAAUACAAAGCAAUCGCAUCUAACUUUAAAUUGUAUAUUCAAGCAUGGGUUUCUAUUUGGGGUGGUCUUCAUGUUACAUCUCUUACAACCCAAAUGUCAUUAGGAGCAUAUGAUUUUUCAGCCACCAACAAUUAUUUGGAUAGCAAUCAAACAAUAUUAUGGUGUAAACAAAUAUCAAAAUUGAUACCAAAAAUAAUAAAAGAAGACCAUGAUGCAUUGUCAUCAUACAUAUCAAAAAAAUUAAUAGUUUUGAUUAAUGAUCAGCUAUAAAAAUAAUUAAUUGAUUUAUAUAUCAUAUGGAAAUUAAUUUAUAUUGUAGUCAUGUUAUGUUACCUCACAAUAAAUAAUAUUAUU